AUGCAUCAAGUUUUUAAGGAGUGGUGUAUUGAAAACUACUACGAAGCUGCCUCUAGAAGGACAUUUUCAAAGAUACUGACAAACGUAAAUAUCAGCAUUCAUCUUUCGCGCAAAGACCAGUGUGACACGUGUUGCAGUUAUAAAACGGGUAACAUUUCGAAAGAAGAAUACGAAAGCCAUAUUGCGAAGAAAACUGAAGCCUGUGAAGCCAAAAAGAAUGUCAUAGAAAGUGCAAACGAAAAGGAUGUGGUUAUAACUGUCGACGUUCAAAGUGUUUUGCUCGCUCCAAAGCUAUGGCUACCGAUUCCGGCUACGGCGGCCAAUCUCAUUGAGACUAGCCAACUGUGCAGGAGAUAUUAUAGUGCACAAGUGUACGCGCAGACACAAGUGCACUCCCUAUUCCUGUCACUCUCAUACUCCGGUGGGACCACUGCUCGACACGACCGUGAUUACAUCGCACGAAUGAGACAAGCUCGACCUCAAAAGCCCUAUGAUAUCAAAUCUGUUAACUUUGAUUUAUUACUCAAUUUCGAAGAGAUGGAAUCGAACUUAAAAUCCAUACGGCCUGGAAAAAAGAAGGGAGAUCCUGUCUUGGUGUGGACAAUAGGGGUCUUAAAUAUUUAUCCGAUGGAUCCAUAUUUUAUAGGU